UGUUGCGGUCACCGCUCUGUAGAGAAGCAAAUGAAUUAAAAUUUUACUUGAAACUACUAUAAAUAAAACGCAUUUUGAAUGCAUCGCAAACAGCGACUGAUCGUUUUAAAUUAGUUGUCAUUGUCGAAAGGUGAGGCCGAAAUUGCUCACCGGCAAUGUCUGCGCUAAUCCCCGUUGCAGUUCACGCAUACGUUCCCUUCGAGUACUGUUUCCACUUUACUAAAGUGAAUUUGUUGACAGUACGAGUGCAGUGAUAGCUAUUUCCUAUAUAUUUGAAAACGACGAAGGCCACCACGGGUCCAUAAAAUAUUGUGUGGUACGGUUGCUCGAUUUUUUUCCAUCGGAAAUAUUCGAAAUGUCAGAGCAAAAUGGUCUGUACUGACUCGCGUUCGCUGUAUCUGUGAGCUAGUACAUAUGUAUGUGUGCAAAUGCGUAUGCUUACUAGUGUGUUUGUCUGUUUUAAGGUAAAUUUAAUAAAAUCGUGUCCACUGGUGGUGACGUUGUUGCGACAGCUAAGAAGCGCGGAGCUGCUCAGCAGAGCGACGAGCCAACCAACACACGGAUAUUCUUACGACCGAAAAAGUCCAAAAUGGUGAAUAGAAAUCUAGGCGGCUAGGCGCGGAGUGAUUUUUUUUUUCGUAGAGAAAUGGAAAUGUGAAAAAUCGCGGAGCUCCAAUGAUCGUCGCCUGGCACGAUCAAUGACAACAAUAGCAACAGCGACUACUGCAAAUAGCGGCCGCUGGUCUGCCAGCCCCAUCAGAUUCAUAAUACAACGAACGACGAACGGACGCACGUUGGAAUGAACGCUCCGCUCCGUUCAGUAAUAGAAAAUAUUUCGAAAAAUUUUAGCAGUGAUUGUGCGCACUAAACAAAAAAUUUAGUAAGCCGACAGUGUGAACUACAGGCAAAAGUAAACUAAAGCGAGUGUUACAAGACCAAACAAAGCCUGAGUUUGCUUAAAGAGUCAUAGUGAAAGACACCGACCGACGGAACUUCAAAGAGUUAAAAUAAAAACGCAGCAGUGACGUCGACGGUGGCGAUAACGGUGACGAAAACGACGACAUAGAGCAGUAUGAAAGCUACAGCAACGACAUUAACUGGAACUGUGAACGAACGGCCCGGCUUCAGUUAAUACGAUUAUUGAUGGGAGCACACAACUUAAUGCAGCUGAACACAUCCAGCAGCCGAUUAGUCGGCGUUUAAACGCUACGCUGAGUGUGAGCUGAGCAAGUCUCUGAACACGCGUGUUUAUCAAAUUUAAAAUAAUAUAACAAUCUUUUUAUGUAGUUUUUACGUUUCAUAAAGAAGUUCGUUCAGUUAGUCUUUUUAAAUUUACGGUUUUUUGUUUUUGUUCAAUGCUAAAGCUAGCAAUGAAAGAAAUAGCAAACAACCAAUAAAAUUGUGCCAAAUGAAAAGCCAACAAAAUGAUUAAUUAAAUCAUCACAUUAAAAAUAACUCGAGAAAAAGAAAAAUAAUCACCGUGCUAAAACAAAAGCAAAAACCCAAAAAGAGCGAUAAAAAAUAAAGUAAAAAUAUAAUAUAAUACUAUUUGGGAAAGUGUGUGAUCGCGGAAUACAUGUAUAUGUAUCUCCAUAUGUGUGUAUAUUUAUUUGAAAUUUGACAAAAAUAACGCAAUUUCUGUGGUGACGGCGACGCAGCGAAAAGCGCAACUGAAAGCUCUCCAUUGGAGAACUGCAAAUGAAUUCCCGCUCAUAGACUAGAGCGAAUGGAAAAUUAGAAUCAUCUGCAAAAUUAAAUUGAAAAAACGAGUAAAAAUAAAUUUAUGUGAAAUUCACAAAGAAACGGCGCGUUUGCAUAAAUCCAUAAUUAAUAGACAUAUGCAUACACAUUCUUACGUACGUAAUUUUCGUGAAAUACCUGUAAAUUGAAACGCGAAAAAAUAAUCGUGCGAAAAUACUUAAUCGCAUAACAAUCAGGUAAAAUAUUUAAUUGUGUGUGCGUGUCUGAGUAGCAAAUCCAAAAAAACAACAAUUCAGCGAGCCAACAGUAAUCUCAAAGUUCUGUAGAACCGAAUUUUCAACUGGUCAACUAAGAUAAUGGAGGAGAAACAGGAAGAGAAGAAACAGAGAAAGCGCAACGGCAAGUCUCGCCGACCUAAACACCAUCCUUGGGAUGAAGAAAUUAGAGACCCGAAAGUGGGAUGUGGAGCAACGUUAACGCGAUUUUUGGUUUGCAUGGCACCAGUUAUGGUGUCAUUACCCGGUGCUGGAACUAGUCCAACUGAGCAGCAAACUAUACUUCAAGUGCUCAACAAUAAACAUUUACAACCGCAAGCAACAGAGGUAGCAUCGGCAGAGGCGGAAUCAGAAUCUAGUGCAACAGCCGGUUCAUCAGCAGAAGCUGAGGACACAUCAACCGCAGACAAGUCUAUACGUGAAGUGGAGACUUUAGAAUCAGCGGAUACAAACGAUGAUCUAGUCAACAGUCAUAGUCCAACUAACACCGAAAAUAGUUUUAGCAACGAGAGUGCAACGAGUCAAAUACCCAUUUCGACUGUAACGUCAGGAACGCUGAAAUCGGCAAUAACAACAGAAGCAGAAGCAGAAGAGACAGCGACAGCCGUUGCAAACCCCUCGACGUCUACAGUGCCUGCGAGUGACACAGAGCCGACGAAAGAGACGAUUUCACCGCCUGCCGUUGACAGACAGUCUAGUAAUAGCGGCAGUGCCGAUCAGGGUCAUGUACUUGAUUUUGAAUCUCAUUUGAUAGAGACGUACAACGAGUAUCAAACACCCGACGAUAGUGUUGGUAUUAACGAAUUACAACCUCAGCAAAAUGAACUGACAGUGGGUACGUCGAAAGUGGAGACGCAUUCGAAUGUACGAACAGUUAUUGAAGUGGAACCAGCCGGGGCAAUAUCGAAGAAACCUAUUGAAAUAGUAGUACAGACGAGUCAAUCACAGCGUAUUGAAUCUGGCAUUGAAGACGCUGACAGCAUAAAAGUUGAGCCAGAUAUUGAAGUGAAAGCUUGGGACAGAGUGGAAAAAGGAACGGAAACGGAAACAGAAACGGGGGUAGAACAGGAAGCAGCCGUCAUUAAAGAACAGUGGGUGCCAAGUGAUGCAAUUAAAGCGACCGCAGAGAGGUUAGUAAACGAAAUAGAACGUGAAGUGUUAGAAGCACUGAAGAGGUGUGAAGAAGCAAAACAAGAACUGAAGGCUGAGCCUGAGGCUGAGACAGAGAAAGCCACUGAGAUAGAAGAGGAAACCGCACAAAUACUUAGUAACAAGGUAGUCUCAGAACAAGAUCAAAAAGAAGAAAAGACUGAACAAACUGCAUCAUUACUAGAUGAAAUAAGUAAUACACUAUCACAAAAGGUCGACGCACAAUUGUCGGAAGUAACAAGCAUACUAAAGUCAUCGAAACCAAGUAACGGUGAAGCUUUAAAAGCUGAUGCCGAUCAAACGAAACACAAUGAGCUUAAAAUUGUGAACGUGCCUUCACCAAAAACUCCAUCGGACGAGCAUGAGCGUCAGCUGUUUCUGGAAUCUUUACCUCAUAUUAAUAGUAACGCGGAGGCGCAAAAACUUGUCGAUGAUUGCAAACGUGAAUACUAUCAAUCACUGAAGAAGUAUCUGAUACAAAGUCCCACUGAUCGACCACCAGUUCCAUUGCAGACGUAUAAGUGGGAGGACCUGCGGCGCGCAAAGGAAAGGGGCGGUUAUCCUUGGACCCAUUUAUACAAACGACCACUUGGACCGGACGAGGAACCGGAAAUUGUUUUGCUUUUGCGCAAAUCACAAGAAUUUCGCUUUGUUUCGGAAUCACCUAAAUCUUUGAAGAAGGUCCGUAUUGACGAACAAGUUGUUGUAAAGCAACCCGAACGUUAUAUUCAAGAACUUUCGGAAGGUGAAGAAGACUAUCUACAAUCUGCACCAGAAGACGAAGAAACGCACAGCUUACGCAGCGAAAGCAUUUCAUGCGUCUCGGACUCGGUACUGGCAACUGGAAAACCAAGAAAAUCUACUCGUUUGGAGAAAAUUCGUGGUUAUCUCAGGCGUCGGAAAGGCGGACGUACUAACGAAGACGCACAAUCACUGCCUUGCGCAUCGACCAGCAGUAGUCGACGACAUAGCCAGGAAAAUUUAGCAUCGCCAAAUCCACAGAUACUUAUAAACGGCAAAAACACAGAACAGAAGCAUUGCUAUCCCAUUAUGAAGAAAUUAAAAAGCAUGGCGGACCGGCAGAAGAAGCGUCUGAAUAUACGUCGCAUUCAUUUGGGCAAGGACGAGAAGAUUGUACUCGGAGAAGAAACAAAAAUCCUCAAACUAAAAAAAUCCCCAAAGGCAGAACGCGGUGAAAUACCUCACUUCAUAGAAAAACAAGAUUCUGACGACGUUCUAGAAAUAAUGGAAUUGGAUGAGUCACCAAGUCGAAAGCGAAGAGAUGACAAUAGACAAGAAGACGAGAAUUCUCUGAAAGAUAGCAAAGUACAUUUGGAGACAAAUCAUUCAGAAGGGGUUGACAUUGUUGUUCCCGAUGAAAUCAUAGAAAUACCCGACCUGCCGGAGAAUAACAAAGACACACCUACAACAAUAGAUGCAGCAAUAGUAAACGAGGCUGAGACACCGACAGAAGCAAGUGAGGAUACAACUAUUUCGAAUGUAAUUGCCAAUACCGUGCCAUCACCAAAGAAAGCACCACGUCUCCGACGGGAACAUGUAUAUGAAGAAAUAGAAUCGGAAAUUCAGCCAGAAUCUUUGACUCAGCCUACGGUUACGGACAGUGGCAUUCUGGAGCCAGGUGCUGUUGAGGCACUCAAGGAAUCCUUAGCCAAACAGAACAGCUCAACCUUGAAACAUAUUGAAGACGGGGUAAAAUCUCUGCCACUUGAUCGAAUGGGUAGCAGCGAGGAGGAGCAAAUUGCAGCUGCCAGCGCUGCUGGAACGUCAGCAACGGAUAAGCCAACGAUGAACUUACUUGCACCGCUGUCGUCAAUCGACUCCGCCUCAUCUGAUGAAGAUCGCAAUCGAGCGCAACUAUCUCCAGUAACAGAGGAAAGUGACGCGACAAGUAUUAUCGAGGAUAAUCUACGCAUCGUCGAAGACCACGAACCAAUAGAUCUGAAGCCAGCCAUCAAGAAGGAGGCAUCACCAGCGCCGUCCGACAAAAAAGUAACAUUUUCGCAUGUCGAAGAUGAGGCGGAACCGCAUCGCGAAGAUAUCGAAUUGCCAAUGGAAGUCCAAGAAGCCACACAAGAGGCUGCUCUGCGAAAAAAAUGGACGAAUAUGAGUGAUCAUGAAUACGAACCGAUCGCAUCCCCUUCGAGUGAAGAAAUCACCUCAACGCAGCAGUCUGAAAUAUCAAAUCUUUCCCGGAAUAUUGAGAAGUUGCACGAAGAAAUCACAGAGGCAGAAGAUCUUCAGCAAGAUUUGGAGGAACGUUAUUUAAGUUCAGAAGCCACAACUCCUCGUACGGAGUCACGUACUGAUUAUGACAUACACACUAGUCAGGUCGAUUCAAGUGCCUUGGAAGAGCUGCCGUUAAAGCCAGAAAAUCGCAAAAAAGGCUUUAUGGCCAGCGCACAGGAUCGCACUCGCAAAAUGCAGGCUGGUAUAAAGAGUCAGGCCGGAAAAAUCAAAACAAAGUUGCGUACGCCUGCCAAGAAACCGGCAUCAUCGAGUCCAAAAGCUAAAGAGCGCAAGCGAUUUAAGGCACCCGAGUUCUCGAAAAUUAAAAUGCCAGAAAUUAAACGUCCUGACAUGUCGAAACUUAAAGACUUCAAACGUCCAGAAUUCACGAAAUUCAACAAACCAGAUAUGUCGAAAUUUAAACUACCCGACAAAUUCUCUACACUUAAACUUAGAAGGAGUAAAUCAUUUAAGGAAAAUGAGGGUCAGGACGAAGAAUUGGAGACAGAUAUCACACCUGCUACGCAACCACAGAAAAAAAUGUUCGAAUUCAAUUUCGGCACCUAUCCAAGAGCAUUCCGCAAGAAGAAGCCUGUAGAGUCGCAAGCAUCAGUUGGACCUGAAACUCCCACUGAAGGCGUGAGUGUGAUUCCGAGCACUGAAACACAACCAUCUCUUGAAUCAUCUAGCUCCCCACAGGGAGAUCGAGGACCGGGACCUGUGCGCUCGCGUUGGGCCGAUAAGUUCUCAGACGUAAGCUAUAAUGAUAGCGAAGGCUCCCGUUACCGUCGCUACGGAAGCGAACAAGAGAGCUUUGACCGAGAAUCGUCACUGGAGCGGCGAAUGAAGGAUGAUUUAGAAGAGACUGAAAGCGAACCACAAGAAUUAGGAAUAAUGGGCGGCGUUGCUGAUACAAAACAAUUUGCUGAGUUUGAUGAGGAAAACCGAGCUAUACACGAAAUUUCCAAAAUGCGUGCUGGAGAAUUCAGAAGGCGCCCCAUAGUUCAUCAAGACUCUGAUCUUCGAUCAGAAGAUAGUAAAGAGGUAGAGGGAUGGACAGAAAAAGAAAUUGAAAAGAACAAAUUGUUGCGCAAAGCUGAGCUAGAGGCAGAAGCGAGUUAUUUGAAAUAUCCCUCCGACGAUGGAUUGCCACAGGAAACCCAGUCAACUGCCAGCUCAGGCAAAAAAGUGGUAAUGGAAGAAAUCGACGACGAUGAAUUUUUCUUACGCAAGCGAGGAAUCUCCGAAGAUAACAUCGAAUUACGGCAGUACAUAAGUAAUGCCAUACGUGAAGGGUACGAUAGACCAAUAAAUGCCUUGGAGCAUGUAGGACAAACCAAUGAACAAAUGGAGUACAGGGAUUACGAUAUUCCACCACCGAAACCAAAGCGAUUACAUAAAAACUCUCGACCACAAGAUAUAUCACAAGAUAUCGAAUCCCAGCGCAGCGAAUACGGCGAUGACCUUUCUUUGUCGCAAAAUGGCAGUGACUUCUUUACUGCUCCAAAACGUCCAUUGCGAAAAGGGCGCAGUCGCAGCAAAUAUUCAAUGGAUAGCCAAGAUUUCCCGGUCGCAGAAAACAUACGUCACGAGUCGUAUUUUGAUGAUGACGAGGAAUAUUUGCGCCCACCACGUAAUAGUUACAAAAACAACGAUGAAGAGGAAAUGAAUGACUUAAACAUCGUCGGUAAACCAGUUUUCCCAGGGGACAUUGAGGGUGUCAACGAUGGAGCGCCGAUACCACAAGCACCACGGCGCCGAAAACGGGACACAAGUGACAAUUCAAUGGAUAAGGAUUCGUAUAUGAAUGGUUUUGGUGGUCGUUCGGUAUCAAAUAGUCGUUUACAACCAACCGAAGAUGUAAUAGUUUAUCGCACUGAGCAUGAAUAUCCUAUUUCUCUUACUUCAUCUGAGAAAUUCACACCCACAAUGGAGAGCCGAAAAUCCAGACCGACUUCCAGAUUUGAAGAAGAAGACCGAACUUCGCCUGAAGCCGAAUCAAUGAGAUUUGAUGAAAAUGGUGAGCCACAGGGAGACAAGUUUAUUAUCGAUAUGAUGGAGAACGAUGGUUAUGCGAUUGUACGGAAGGAACACUUGCCGAAACCAACACCACCAGCUCGUAGAAAGAAAUUUUCACGAUCGCCAGGUGAACGUUUCACUACCAUAUCUAGUGGAUUUGCCAAGGACCGCACACCGCCGCCGCCAGAGCGACCACCGCCGCCGCAGGCAUAUACGCCGUCCACAAUGGAGGAACCAGUCCCACCCCGACGAAAAUCCACUUCUAGCGUAGAUAUGACGCCGCAAAUACUGGAUGACGAUUAUGAAGAGCCGGAAGCGUUGCAACAGGAGCGUCCGGAAUCACCACGUGAUUUGCAAUCCGGAGAGAUUAUAAACAAAAUGAAAUUCCGACCAUUGCCCCCUCCUCCUCGCCCACCGCGCGAAAAGCGCCAACGCACCGAAAGCAAAAGUUUGGCGCACAGUGCUUUCAGUUCGCUGCAUGACCGCGAUAUCGGUGAUGAAAAAAUUGCCACAUCCUCCACUGCUGAUAGUUACGAUCCGACCGAUGUUGAUUUAGAUGAGGAAGAAACGCAUAUACCUGAAGUUGAAGUUUCCACACAGACAGACCCUUUACCGGACGACUUUGAAUGCGAGGAAUUCGAAAUUACCGAUGAUAUGAGAAUUAUUGAACCGCGCAUAAACAGCAUGAGAAAAACGUUAGAUGAGUUAUUGAGAGAAGAGGAGAUGAAAUCUAAAGAUUCUGAAGAGUCUGCACCUCAGCUCACCGAAGAAGAACAAUUAACGCGCGGAUUGCAACGAUUCCGCGAUGCUAACCAACGAAGCAUGUCAGAGCGAUCUCGCGCAUCCUCGCAAGCCGAUCGAUCCAAAUCUCAAAGUCGCCCACAGACACCCUCUGCCGUAGUUAUUGAACGACGCGUAUCAACGCCUAUACCUAGCCAACAAAGUGAGACAAUGCUGGAAGCGUCGCUAAUUGUACGACCAAUUGACGACCUAGAUCUUGAAGAGGAAGAAUUACGCAGAGAAGGCCUUCUAACCGAUAGUUCACAACAAAGUAAGUCCGAUGUGGAAGCGACCUCUCAUGACGAAGAGGAAGAGUCAAAACAUGCACUUAGCGACUAUUCCAUUGGCCCAAGCUCUGAAGAACUAAAUGCUGCACUUGAUGAGCUACGCGCUCAAGGUGAUAGUAACUAUGAAGAGGAAAAGGUUGAAAGUGAGAAGGGCGAAACAAAUGAAUUUGAUUACAAUGAAAAGAUUUCAGACGAAGGUACACUUGCUUCAAAUUAUACUAAUUACUUAGAAGAAGAAACGUCAGGGAGAGAGGAAGAGGAUGAGCAACACGAAGGAUACGAAUUGUUAUCUGAAACCAAAGAGAUGGAAACGCUUCCAUCUGCUUCUGAAGAUGAGCAGAAAAUAAAUGAGAGCGAAAGUGCACCAAUAGAAGAACAGAACCUUGUACAAGAGGAGGUGGACGCUUACGAAGCUGAAGGUGGCAGCCUAGACUAUAAAUUGGAUUCAACGAACAUUGUGGGAUCCGAGUGCAUAGAGGAAAACAAAGUUGUCGAAGAGCCACCAUUACCCCCGCCGCGCCGCAAGUCAACAACAGUUGAUAUACCGCCCACACUCACUUAUUUGGAAGAAGCUUCAAAGGAAUUAACACCUGUGCCAUCGUUGCUACCUGCGGCAGCGGUAGCAAUAUCCCCUCAACCUCAACUUCCCGCGCACUUAGGAGAACUUGAGGUUGAACGUUUACGUGUGCAUGCACUUCAAGCUGGCCAAAUUAUGGUUGCACAGCUCCAUGGCACGCAAAUAUCGGCCGAGGAAUUAGAAUGCAAAUCGGGAAAUUUGAUUGUAAACAAUAUUGAAGGCUUCAUUGAAGAUAUUGUAGGGCGCGUGCGCAGCUGCGACCGCAGCCAGUUACUCACGGUUGAAACACAAACUAGCUUGCAAGGGAGUGCCGAAGCGAUAUCUGCCGAAGAAAGGUCUCCUGUGAAGGAAGUUAUCCCGCCUCCAAAACCGCCACGUCAACGUGACUUAGAAACAGCCAAGCGAACGACCGGUGCUUUCGACGAAAUCGCUCUUCAACAGCUAAGAAACUACGAUGAAGAGACUCAAACUGAUCCGGCGUCGUUCCCAACUAAUGUCAACGCCCCACCUCCAGUAUACACCACGACCGAGUAUCUGCAAUCAUUACCGCCCUUGGGUUUCUAUAAUUUACGACGGGGCGACGAGCAACCAUAUAGCGGCAGUGGCGAUGGUAAUGAAGCCCCCCAACAUAGGAGACAUCACCAUCAUCAUCAUCGCCAUCAUCGCAGAUGCGACUCGUCUUGUUCAGAAUGCGAAGACUAUGAUGACUUGGCAGAGAGGGAAGAAACGCGCUCUCGUUCACAUAGCAGACGCUCCCGCAGCAGUACACGCCCACCUCUCGAGCAACAAACUGUAUCAAAGGCAGGCAAGCAAUUCAUAUCAGCUUGCAGUUUGUCGAUUGUUCAAAUGAUAAACCGUUUAACUGCCGCAAUUCGAGGCGGUGAGCCAGACAAAAAUAUUGAAGCGCAGAUACACCAUAUUCCGACAUUGGUGGCCCUUUUCGUUGCCAUAUCGUUUACAUUGAUUGUAUACAUGCUUUCGGGCAAAAAUGUGCACACUCAUCAUUGGGACUUUUUCAACCCACCAGGGAGUGGGCCACGUCAGUCAUAGAAUUAUGUGGGUCACAUAUUUUUUAGUUCCUGUUUUUCCAGAGGUCGAAUAAGCAAUGCCCACACCAAGCCAGUGAUAAGAGUUUUUUGCAUUUUAUGUUUUGGUGAAAAUUCUAAUAUGAAAUAGAAUGGCCACGGGCUUAUCUAAAGAUAAUCUAAAAUAUCACACCUUAAGUGACUGAUUUGAGAUCGGUAGGAAUUGAGUAUGAUACGGCGAUCUCUUUUUUAAUGAUUUCUGAAAGAAAGCUACGAAAUACAAUUUAUUCAAAAUAUCUUAUCAUUUUAUACGAAAACUAAACGAAGGAGUUUAAAUCGACGACGAGCAACUUACUAUGCCGAUGGCGAUUUCUGGAACUAACUCACACUAAUUAACAUAUGUAUAUUGCAUAUAUAUUUGCAUACCAAUAUGUAAAUAUGGAUAGGAUAUAUAUUUUUGCAAUGGAAAUUUCAAUACGAACCUAAAAUUUAAAACCAUAUUAUUGAUGGCAACUCAUAUACAUACUCGUAUACAGGCAUAUAUUAACUGUAAAAUUAACUCGCAUUGACACCGUAUCAAGUAUCAUUCAUUAUACGUUUCGUAGUUUGUUUAAAUUAUU